CUCAGUACGCAUACCCUGGCAUGCCUACUCCCACACCGUCCGCUGUCCAUUCCCGCGCUGGCACACCUGCUGCUACGGCCACUGCAGGCAUGGUGCCGGAGAGGCAGCCUGCGAGAGCGAGACGUGGGCAGGCGGAUCACAGGGAGCGAGGACAGGUAUUCAAAAAUACGUUCACAAAGGACCUGAUGCACCUCAUGUACGCGUUUGGGGACGUGCCAAACCCCGCACCUGAUACCGUCGGGGUCAUGGAGGAGAUCGUGAUCGAGUACAUCCUCGACCUGUGCCAGGCAGCCCUUCGCCACACACCUUCCAAGAACCGGCUGCACGUCGACGACCUGCGCUGGGCUCUCCGGCACGAGGCGGACGCAAAAGAGCUCGGGAGGCUCGAGGAGCUGCUCUUCCUACACGAGGAGAUCAAACGCGCGAGGGCGGAGUUCGAGGUUGAGAACGGGGCUUGAAGGCGCGGGGAUUUCGGCCGGUCUGGCCUCUUCUCACAUCGGCCUGAUGCUGCUGGAGAAGCCUGACAAGGCCGGAUCUUGGCUGCUCAGGCGUGGGCGGGGCUACUGGCCAUUGUCAGGUUGACACUCAGGUGAUGCGGGGAUUACGUUCGACAAGGAGGGCGAGGCGUGCUCGCUUGAAUCCAGCGAGUCUGUAUGAGUAGGUCCGUGUAUCCUUACAGUAGUUGGGGACUGGGGUGCGUAUCAGCAGGA